UUAAAGCGGCUAUAUGUUCAUACAACGUGCUUCAGUAAUUAAUCAAUUGCUUACAAGCAGUCGUGUCUUACUUGCACUAUAUAGGAUAUAAAAUGAAUCUAUAUUAGUGGGAACUUUUCAUGUAUAUGGAAUCAACUUUGCAAACGGUAACAGAUGAGGACACCGGAUGUUAAAGAGAACUGACUCCUUGUCGGGACUGGAAGAACGAGGAACACGUGUGACGAUGGUUAGCACGAGGAGAUGUCUGUCGCAGCUGCGCCGCCGGAACUCCCUGUCCAAGCUGUCUGUUAUGGUGAUCUGUGCGGGUAUCUGCAUAUUGCUCAUAUUCGGACGAAGUGGGACGACGGGAUCUACAUUCUACAUCCCCCAUGUCCUGUUUGGAGAAGGACGAUUUCCGCCAGUGACACAAUCGGAUUUGGAAUACUUCGGCCACCAUGUACAACUCAACAUAACAGUGGAUACGAAUUUCAUUAAGAGAUCUUUAUACAGUACUCACUUUGAUCUCACGAACCGCGGGCCCAAGGCGGUUGAGGGCCGCCAAUGGGAGCUGUAUGGGUACUUCUUCCGCUUGGGGGAAUCAAAAGCGUAUCCGUAUCCACGUGGUUUCUAUUUAUGGAGUUGCGGCCUCAAGAUGUUCCAUGUAAACGGAUAUUUAUACAAAUUCACCCCGGUGUAUGGACUGUUCACGGGAAUUCCUUCCGGCGGAAGUGUAACGUGCAAACUGCGAGUUCAGGGUAUGCAAGUAUCACGGACGGAUUCAUUCCCUCGGUGGUACGUCACCGGAAAUGAUCUCAUGCCAAAGGUGAUAAUAAAUACAGACGAUGAAUCGCUGAGUUUUGUCAGCGAUUUGACACACCCCGAACAGUAUAAAAAGUACAGUGACGAUACCGAUCAUCCAUAUACACCCCAAGACAGGUUUAACCUAUACGCACACCCAAAAGCGCAAAUCAAGGAUAUAAAUGUGGUUCCAACCCCGCUUGAGAUGACCAGGGAUGAUUCGCAGACUAUGACUUUUGACACGGACUUAUAUCCAAUCGUUAAAAAUGAGAAAUUCGCGAGGGAAAUAAAGGAAUUUGCUAAUCAAAUGGACAUGAAAAUUGUCAGCGCACCACCACAGCGGUCCUUCGUCCAGGUCACAAAGUCGUCAAUAAAUCUUUAUCAGGAGUGCACAGCAGACAAGAAAUUUCUGAAAGAAGCCGUUUUGAACGAGGCCUACAUCUUGGAAACGUUUCCCGCCAAAAAGCUGAUAAAAAUAACGGCGUCGUCUGCUUCCGGUGUGUUCUACGCAUUCCAGACGCUCAUAAGCGUUCUAUUUAAACCCGAAGCAGUGGAUAUCAAUGGAAUUUCAAUAGUACUUCCAAAGCUCCGAAUAGUGGAUGCUCCAAGGUUCUCCUACAGAGGUCUCCAUUUAGAUGUGGCCCGCAACUUCAUCGAGGCAGACUCUGUUCUGAAGAUGGUGGAGGUUAUGUCCAUGUACAAGAUGAACAAACUUCACCUCCACCUCUCCGACGACGAGGGUUGGCGCCUCGAGAUACCCGGCCUUCCGGAACUUACACAGAUCGGAGGAAGUCGUUGCCAUGACCCGAAAGAGGAAGAAUGUAUUUUACCUAUGCUCGGUUCAGGGCCAUACUCCAACACUUCCGGUAGUGGAUUCUUCACCGUUCAGGACUAUAAGGACAUUCUGGAAUACGCACGUGACAGGCACGUGCAAGUGAUCCCGGAGUUUGAUAUGCCGGGACACAGCCGCGCGGCCAUUCGGUCCGUGCAUGCGAAACAGCGUGCGAAUCGGGAACAGAAGAAAGCGAAUGUGUACUCGAUCAUUGACGAGUCGUCCAAACAACCCUGGUACCGGUCCGGUCAACACUUUUCCGAUGACGCUAUGAACCCCUGCAUUGAAGGAACGUACCAAUUUAUUGAGAAGAUUAUAUCCAGUGUUAAGGCGCUUCACGCGGACAUACAGCCUCUGGAGACGUUCCAUUUCGGCGGCGACGAGGUGGCUGUUGGCGCUUGGCGGCGACUUCCGGCCUGCAAGAAUAUCCUUGUGACCAAGGAAAACGGUGGCUUUCCCACUCACUACGAGCUGAUGCAAUAUUUCAUUGGGAAAGUGUCUGCGAUUACGUCACAACAUGGUCUCGCGCUUGCGGGCUGGGAGGACGCCUUCUUGUCACAUGACACUAACGUCGGGUUUCCCUUUCAGAAAGAGGACUUCAAAAACGAUAUCGUUUACGCCUACGUGUGGAAAAGAACGAGGGAAGUACGCACUCCCCACAGGGCCAAGCUUCUUGCUAACGGCGGAUACAAGGUGGUCCUUGCCUACGGCGCGUACCUGUACUUUGACCACCCGUAUGAGCCGGACCCAGAGGAAAGGGGCCUUUACUGGGCUACGCGGAAAAUCUCCACCAAGGACGUUUGGGGUCUAACCCCUAGGGUCAUUUUCCAGGACGACGACCUUGAAUGUCCUGAUCAAAUCAAAGCACAGGAAAACUGUUUUAAGCUUCUAAAACCGCAUAAUAUAUUAGGGAUGCAGGCAGAAGUUUGGACAGAGGUGAUCCGCACUCCUGCUCAACUGGAGUACAUGUUGUUCCCGCGGCUGCUGGCAGUGGCGGAGCGUGCCUGGCACCACGCCGCCUGGGAGGAGAGCUCAUCGGAAAAUGCGGCGGCACCGCUUCGCGAGGCGGACUGGGCCGUGUUCGCCGCCAAGCUCGGGUACCAGGAGCUGAGGCGACUCGAUACAAUGGAUGUUCAGUAUCGAGUUUCUCCGCCUGGUGCUAGGACCCAGGACAGUAAGGCGGAGUUCCAGACGGAAUUCCCUGGACAGGAAAUACAGUACCUCGCAGCCAACGGCAUUUGGACCACUGCCUCACACAACAUGCCCGUCCGUCGGCCGCUCAAAAUAAGGGGCCUGUCCAGUAAUGGUUCUCGGUCCAGUCGAGUUGUCAUACUGGACCCCAGCUUCUCCGCGGCCAUUUUACAUACUGCGCAUGCUCAAACAAUACUCAUAUCCGUUACUUUUAUUUGUUUUGUUCUCAAGCUUUUUAAAAGGGAAUUUAAAUUAUUAUGAUGCAUUUUGAUGUUGUUGUUGUAGUUAAUAAAAUGUUGAAAAAGA